AUGCCAAGCCUCAAGGCAGUCACAGUUUGUCUUUGGAUGAAAUCUUCAGAUAAGAGAAAUAAAGGAACACCAUUGAGCUACGCAGCCUCAGGAUCAAAGUUCGGCAAUGAACUGUUUCUCCACGAUUAUAGAAACUUUUAUUUCGCGAUCGGAAGUAGCUACAGGUACGACUGUCUUAAUAAAAGCUAGGUUGUAGUCAACAAACAGGCUCAGUAUAAAACUGAUUAUUACGUACUACGGUGGUCCGUAAGUGCCAUUCUAAGCAAGUAAAAAAGAAGUGCAUUAAAAUAAAGAUUUUUGUUUUGGAUCCAAAGUUUUUAUCCAGCCAACAUGAAUUUCAUUAUUUGUCAUAGCUCUUUUUCCCAAAGUUAUUACUCUGGAUCCAAAGUUAUAACUCCUGAUGAUCGGAUCCAAAGUUACUAUUCCGGAUCCAAAGUUAUUUCUCCGUAUCCAAAGUUAUAAGUUUAACUCCGGAUCCAAAGUUACUAUUCCGGAUCCAAAGUUAUAACUCCGGAUCCAAAGUUAUUAUUCCGGAUCCAAAGUUAUAACUCCGGAUCCAAAGUUUUUAUUCCGGAUCCAAAGUUAUAAAUCCGGAUCCAAAGUUAUAACUCCGGAUCCAAAGUUUUUACUCUGAAUCCAAAGUUAUUACUCCGGAUCCAAAGUUUUUACUCCAGAUCCAAAGUUUUUACUUUGGAUCUAGAGUUAUUACUCCGGAUCCAAAGUUACUAUCCCGGAUCCAAAGUUAUAACUCCGGAUCCAAAGUUACUAUUCCUGAUCCAAAGUUAUUACUCUGUAUCCAAAGUUAUAACUCCGGAUCCACAUUUUUUGCUCUGAAUCCAAAGUUAUUACUCCGGAUCCAAAGUUACUAUCCCGGAUCCAAAGUUAUAACUCCGGAUCCAAAGUUACUAUUCCGGAUCCAAAGUUAUUACUCUGUAUCCAAAGUUAUAACUCCGGAUCCACAUUUUUUGCUCUGAAUCCAAAGUUAUUACUCCGGAUCCAAAGUUUUAACUCUGGAUCCAAACUUAUUACUCUGAUCCAAAGUUUUUACUCUGAAUCCAAAGUUAUUACUCCGGAUCCAAAGUUUUAACUCCAGAUUCAAAGUUUUUACUCUGGAUCCAAAGUUAUUACUCUGGAUCCAAAGCUACUACUCCGACCGGAAACAAAUUAAGAUUCAAUCCAAUUUAAUUUUCCGAUACUGGAGUAUGGAUAAGUGACAUCCAGUUCACCAUUCAACAUGGCAGCGGGUGUUGUCGUCGUUUCCGUGUUCUUCAAGAUUCAUUUAAUUCUCAGUGUCUCAGUAUUCUAACAAUUCAAGUUAAUUAGCAUUCACGCGUCGAAAUCGGGCUCGCCUCUUUUCACUUCUACAUUUCGAGGAUUAAUAGUGUGAUUCGCCGAAAAAGGAAAACCGAAAUAUGCUGAUGAGAAAUUCGCUCAAAGGAUGAAAAAACUCUUAGAAAAAACUACUUACACUAGCGUGAAUUAUCUCUGGGUCUUCGUUUGUAAGUCUGAAUUCUUCUGUUCAUGUCCACUGCUAGCUCAAACUGAAUUUUUAAAACCUAGCGCUCGAAUGAAAUACCCUAAGGGAAUUUAAGGGACCCGUUGCUAUCGGCAACGGAUUCAAUUUAUAACAGCGGGGGUGGGUAGAAAACGAAGACCUAAGAACUAAGACCCAAAAACGAAGACCCCCCUCAAAAUCACUUAAAAAUAAGUAAAAUGGCUCCAAAGGCUCCAAAUGGCUCCAAAGGAUUGGAGCGAGUUACCUAAUGAGUUACGGGUUGAUGGCCUAACAAUAGGAUCUUUUAAAAGAAAGACAUUUAAGUAUUUGCGAGAACAAGACAAAACACAGCAAAAAUGUAGAUUGUACAUUAAUUCAUUUUCGCUUUUCUUAUUGUAAAUAUUAGUCUUUCGCUUUUUUACUAAGUACUAUUGUUUCUUUUUUUCAUUUAUUACUGCACAUAGGUUUACACCAGCUGUUUUUUUAUAUUCAGCUGAUCUAUUUUUUGCAAUAUAAGUAAAGUGUCACAAUAAUGAUCUUAACUCAGAUCUAUUAAAGAAAAAAUAACUGUCCUGCGGACAACUUUUAUCCUUCUGGGGCCCAGUUGUUCAAUAGGUGGAUAGCGCUAUCCAACGUGUAAAUCACUACUCACUGGAUAGAGCAAUUGGUUUCCCUAAUACUUAUCAAUUGAAUAGAGAUUCAUCCGAUGGAUAGCCCUACCCAACUUUUGAACAUCUGGGGCCUGCUCUUUUACUAGUAUUGUAAAUAAAGUACUGAACGAAAAAGCAGGUCACAUACUUUCAAGGGUUGAUGUCAAGUUAUAAGUUACUUGAGAUUUAUCGUCUUAUACAAGCAUACAACAUACCUUAGAAUUUAAACUUUCAAACUGUAUACGAAAAUCCUGAGAAAACAAUUACACGAACUCGACCUAGAAACAAUAGGAAUUUUCUAGGCAACUCGGCCCACCCCACUGCAAUGUGGCAAUUUGCCAGUCCCUGGCCAGUUACAGGGCGGUGCGGCAGUAACUGCAUUCUUUCACCAUGUCUGUGAUUGUAUUUAUUAGAGCAGCAUUUGUAUCUUAAGAUUUGAACGACAGUUCAAAAUAUUCGCAGAUGUUUUCACAUUGAAUUUUGAGAUUACUUCUUGGUUGGUCUGCUCGCAGAUAUCAUGGCCGUCGUACCUGAUGGGUUGUAUUACGCCGAUCUUGUUGAAAAUAUCUUCGACCUCCUUGCGUCUCUACGUUCAUCAAUAAGAAACGCAAUUUCUUCUUGCCAGAGCACUGAGAGUAAAUCUCCUUCGUCACAAAUUUCAACAUUCUCGGCUUUGGUCAGCCCUUUUUUCCUGCUGAUUGCAGACAGUCUGGAAAAGAAUGAUUGAACUUGUUCCUCGGUAAGCCAUUCGUCUCUGGAACGUUCUUGAACUACCUGUGUUUCUGGUCGUUCUCAUGUUCGUUGCGACCUCAGAAAGGUCUGGUUUCCCGCCUGUUUGUGUAUCAACAUCAAAUCGUGCGGUGAGGUAAGACUUGACUUUCUCGCUAAACCUUGUCCCGCCUCCCCUUAACUUCUGCAGCCGCCCAUCCGCUAGCCUCGAAUUUGCAGACACCACUAGGAGAUUUUGGAAGUUUCUCGGUUGGCGGCAAUUUUUACCGUCUGACCCCGACACUGUAACUUUUCACCGGCACCAGUCUGUUUUCCCUUAUGGUCUGGAUAUCGGCAUUCUGUGCGGCCAGUUGGAUUACCCCAGUCCUUCCCUAGGGUCGCACGAUGUAUCGGACAUACAAACAUUUUUUCACCUUGUUGGGCAUUUUUACCAAAAUACCCAGCCCGCUGCAAAGUAAGUUCGCUCUCUGUAAUAUUUUCUUUCGUUAAGUGACAUCGCCUCGAAUGAGCCGUAAUAACGCUCACCUGUUACAUUGACUAAGAGGCACCAACUUGCUUGCUCCAAAUCCCCUUUCAUUUCGUGACAACAAUCCUAAUUAGCAUAUGACCAUGCAGAAAACCCAAAAGGAAAUUGAGCUGAAUUCAGCCUUUAUUAAAGAGCCUUUUAGUUGCUGAGACUCCAAACUCAAAAAGGGCUUCGUUUGAGCAGAAGUGAAUUGCAUUCUUUACGAUUUUGAAAAUUACUGAAGUCGACAACCCGCUGUAAAGGAGCUUUUAAAUUUGUAUAAUAUACGAGUAGAUGAAGAAUUCCUACAUGUAUUUUAUGACAUUUUAUGCCGGUUUACAGGCCUAAGAUGGCUUAUAAAACAACAAAUGUGCGUUAUUUUGACGAAACAUACCAAGAUUCUGCCCCGUGGGAAAAAUAUCAGCCUUAUCAUAUGAGUUUAAGUGUGGGCGCCAAACGUGCAAUUUAAGGUAAAUAUUGACAAAAGGAGCUCUCAAAAACGCUUGUUCGCGUCCGACGCAGAAUGUUGCCCGUACCUUUGACUUUAUUUUCUAACAGAAUAAGGUAAGGUCUUUGCUGUGAAGUGCAUUUUGCCUGUGAUUUUUGUACCGCUUUGGAGAUUUCAGCGUUUACUUUGGAGGAAUUUGUCAAGGGAGCAAAAACACCGCAAAGUGGCUCGUCUUUGAUCUUAUCAAUUUAAUUUUCUUUUGCGUCAAAUUAUCCAAGAUUCCGUCAUAGGACAAGUCAAAUGCAGCUAAAUCCAUUGUACUAUGUAGAAUUUCGCGAUAUUUAUCCGUUACGAAGAAGCGCGGCUUUUAAAAUUGCUGAAUUCUGGCCAUUGAAUAAAGUUGAAAAAGCGCUCUCAGACAGGAAAGAAGUUUUGUGCUGUAACGAAGCACAGAAAAAGAUUUUGAAAAAAAUUAGCUCGAUUUUAAUCAUUCCUCAUUAAGUCCUUUUCACCCACAAAAAAUAAAGGGAACGUUUACCGGCGAUCCCAAACUCGCCGGACCGCUCUUAGGUGGACAGCCACUUAAAUGUCUUUCUUUUAAAAGAUCCUAUUGUUAGGCCAUCAACCCGUAACUCAUUAGGUAACUCGCUCCAAUCCUUUGCUCCUGUAAAUUUAAAGGUAGACUGGCCAAUAGUGGAUUUUACUUAUUUAUAAGUGAUUUUGAGGGGGGUCUUCGUUUUUGGGUCUUAGGUCUUAGGUCUUCGUUUUCUACCCACCCCCGCUGUUAUAAAUUGAAUCCGUUGCCGAUAGCAACGGGUCCCUUAAAUUCCCUUAGGGUAUUUCAUUCGAGCGCUAGGUUUUAAAAAUUCAGUUUGAGCUAGCAGUGGACAUGAACAGAAGAAUUCAGACUUACAAACGAAGACCCAGAGAUAAUUCACGCUAGUGUAAGUAGUUUUUUCUAAGAGUUUUUUCAUCCUUUGAGCGAAUUUCUCAUCAGCAUAUUUCGGUUUUCCUUUUUCAGCGAAUCACACUAUUAAUCCUCGAAAUGUAGAAGUGAAAAGAGGCGAGCCCGAUUUCGACGCGUGAAUGCUAAUUAACUUGAAUUGUUAGAAUACUGAGACACUGAGAAUUAAAUGAAUCUUGAAGAACACGGAAACGACGACAACACCCGCUGCCAUGUUGAAUGGUGAACUGGAUGUCACUUGUCCAUACUCCAGUAUCGGAAAAUUAAAUAGGAUUGAAUCUUAAUUUGUUUCCGGUCGGAGUAGUAACUUUGGAUCCAGAGUAAUAACUUUGGAUCCAGAGUAAAAACUUUGGAUCAGAGUAAUAACUUUGGAUCCAGAGUAAAAACUUAAAUUGGAUCUGGAGUUAAAACUUUGGAUCCGGAGUAAUAACUUUGGAUUCAGAGCAAAAAAUUUGGAUCCGGAGUUAUAACUUUGGAUACAGAGUAAUAACUUUGGAUCCGGAAUAGUAACUUUGGAUCCCGAGUUAUAACUUUGGAUCCGGGAUAGUAACUUUGGAUCCGGAGUAAUAACUUUGGAUCCGGGAUAGUAACUUUGGAUCCGGAGUAAUAACUCUAGAUCCAAAGUAAAAACUUUGGAUCUGGAGUAAAAACUUUGGAUCCGGAGUUAUAACUUUGGAUUCAGAGUAAAAACUUUGGAUCCGGAGUUAUAACUUUGGAUACGGAGUUAUAACUUUGGAUCAGGAAUAAUAACUUUGGAUCCGGAGUUAUAACUUUGGAUCCGGAAUAGUAACUUUGGAUCCGGAGUUAACCUUAUAACUUUGGAUACGGAGAAAUAACUUUGGAUCCGGAAUAGUAACUUUGGAUCCGGAGUUAUAACUUUGGAUCCAGAGUAAAAACUUUGGAUCUGGAGUAAAAACUUUGGAUCCAGAGUAAUAACUUUGGGGAAAAGAGCUAUGACGAAUAAUGAAAUUCAUGUUGGCUUGAUAAAAACUUUGGAUCCAAAACAAAAAUCUUUAUUUUAAUGCACUUUUUUUUUUUUACUUUGCUUAGAAUGGCACUUACGGACCACAUUAUAGCUUAUUGUGGACCUUUGACGUAAAUUUUAGCAAGCUCCAGUUGUUUAAAUUCUCUGCUAAAUAAAAAUGCCAAGGGCAGAAAAUAAGUCAAGGAAACCAAUUUUGCUCUCCAUCUUUAAUAAAAAAAAAUGUAGAAAGAGACGAGAAUAAUGAAAUUCAUUUCAAUGAUUUAAUAUUUCAUUAGACCAACAGCUGUGUCAGCAAACGAUGGCCAAUGGCACCACAUCUGCUUAACAUGGGAGAACAGCGCUGGAUCAUGGAAGAUGUAUAAAGAUGGCAAAGUGGCAGCUUCUGGAGAAGGUUUUAAGACAGGUAUUUUUUUCCUCCUGCGACUAACGGUGAAUUUCACGGAGAAGUUUGAAUACUUUGAAUCACACCAACUCUCUAAAGCCAGGGUAAACGUACAUGUAAAAUAACUUGAAAACUUAACAGUAUGAUGACAAAAGCGCCUCAUGACAUGGAUGGCGUUUGAAAUUUGUUUGUUUUCGCUCAAGAAAAAAAGAAUAGAGCCAAUGAAUUACGGAGCACACAAAAACCGUGGGAUCAAUUAAGGUUUCUGGGCAAAUGACCACCUACCCCUCCCCUAAGUCACAAUUAACACUUACUUCUCACUAAGGGCAAAAUCAUGACUUAGGGGAGGGGUAGGUGGUCAGUUACACAGAAACAACUGAACGCGUUAAUGAAUUUGCUUUCUAUAUAGCUAAUUCUUAAAUUUCCAGGUUAUGUGCUUCGUGGUGGUGGGGUGCUUAUACUUGGUCAAGAACAAGAUUCACUGGGAGGAUCCUUUGAAAUCAACCAGUGCUUCAUUGGUGAAUUGACGGGUGUCAACAUCUGGAAUCACGUGAUCCACGAGCAAGAGAUCAACCACAUGACUAAGUCCUGUCUAAGAGGGGUGGGGAACGUAUUCCAGUGGAGUGACUUCAAGUCUCACGUGGAAGGCUCAGUGCGUUCGAUUAAACCGUCAUGUUAG